AUGGAGCAGCGAGAAAGGCACCAGCAAGACCAAGAUGACUUUCAGCGGCGAGACGACAGACUGACCUCACAAGCUAUGGCAUUUCCCACGCGUGGCUCGAUGUAUUAUCUACCAGACGAGAUGCUCAUGGCUAACCCGCCAGUUGUCAGUAACUCCAAUCCAAUGAUGCCCUCGCUAUUCCGAACCGAACCCCCGUCCAACUACUCUACAGUUUCGAUGCUAGAUAUGUCUUCAGGAAGUCCUCUCUGGCAUGACUCCUCUAUGACCGAUCCAUGGAUGAUGGCUCUUCCGGGGUGUAGCCUAUAUCUGGAUACCCAGAACCCUGUGUGGGAUCAGUCACUAUACAGGAGUCCAUCAACUGAGAAUAUGCUUCUAGGAAUAGAGCCUCUUGAGCAGCAGCCUUUUCUACCAAAAGAGCAAGAAGGAAGCAUAUCUGGAAGAUUCCCAACGAAUUAUACGCAUAUGCCGACUCAGAUGCAGGGCAUAUACGACCCACCUAACGAUUUCGUGGGAUCCAUGGAGAAUACGAUGUUCCUGGAGCCUGGUUCAGCACUGGAGUCCUCUAGCAGAACCAGAGAAACCACCUCCUUGACGCCUUCAGCGACACAUACAAGAACCGAAGAUAUAUCAACGGAGGGAAUACGGAUGAGUCAGAUUGAUAAUCACGAUAAGCCUUACGCCUACCUCAUCUACGAGGCGCUUCGUUCUGCAGAAGGCCACAGGUUGACACUACAAGGAAUUUAUCGCUGGUUCGAAGAGAAUACAAACAAAGGCAACGAUUCAAAUUCUAAAGGCUGGCAGAACAGCGUCCGACAUAACCUGUCCAUGAAUGCUGGAUUCGUCAUGCAAAACGAGCCAGCUUCGCCCGGAAACCCGAAAACUAGCUAUUGGACGCUCACAGAGGAAGCUAUUCAGAAAGGCAUACAUUCCACAACACGGUAUCGUACUGUCGGUUUGAAGAAAGCCACAAAGUCUGAAAUUUCCUCGCCGCGCCGUCGAGAAUCUGGAAGGAAAGGAGGGAAAGCAUCAGCCAAGCUCCGACGCAUCGGUCACGAGUCUCUCGAGUAUAGUGGUUACCAAAAAUUUGCAAGUUCCAGUUCCAGAAUCGUGUGCCAGAAAUAUGGGCAAAUUGCGGCCACAGAGCCGGCAAAUUCGCUUUCACAGAUGCCGACCAUGUCUAACAUUGCACCAUUCUAUGCUGUUGAUCCAAGCGUUGUAACCAAUCUGUCCACUUCGACUCACGUGCGGAGCGAUACCGAGAACCACUAG